GAGAUGGACCAAUGAGCUAACUCUAUCUAAGGCAGCUUGCUAUGUUUAUUCAGCUUGGCAAGGUGCAGUAGCAAAGAGACGCGAGCACGGCCGCUCUUUCGUCGUCACAACAAUCCGAGCGCUCCUCCUCUCGCAACCUAAGCAGGAGGGGCAGACCCAGCACCAGAGGCGGCUACUUUGAGAGCAAAAUUCCUCCAAUAGCGGCGAGGGCGGGGAGACUUGGGCGGGAACGAAGCUGGAGGCGGCCCUGCCUGAGGGAAAAGGCGUAGGAGGCGGGGCGUUGAUUAAUCCCCAAACACGGCGAAGGAGGCGACUGUGGAUGGUAGUACCGGAAGUAACUACAGCUGCUGUGUGCGAUGGCGAGAGCUUCUGCUGAGGGUGGGCGGCAACAGAAGUUACGGGAGCUGGAUAACGGGUCAGUGGAGAUUACACAGAGCAUGGAUGAUGACCCUUUACUUGAUGCAUCGCUCCUUCCUGGUCAUACGUUGCAUUCCAGGUUGUGUCCAAGGUUCCACACCAUACCUACAGUCUGCAUUGCCAAUAUUUUGUUGCUCAUGCAUGUUGCUUUUAUUGUUUUGGCUUUUUUGGCAGGUGUGUUCUGUUCGUAUUCUGAUACAAGUCAAGAUAUGUGUCCUAAACAUUACACUUUUCCACUCAAAGUGCAAACUGUUAUAAUCAUUGCCAAAGUAAUUCUCUGGAUUCUGUAUCUGAUUUUUGAACGGUAUAUUCACUUCCACCAUAGCCAAGCCAGAAACAAAGGCUACCUCCUGAUCUACCGAGUUACAAGGCACCUUAAAAGGCUUCCACUAAUGAUUCAGUCUACAGGUAAUACAGCUUUACUGCUGAUCUUGUCAGCACAACAUUCCUUUCCUGAUCAUAAUAAAAUGUAUCUGUGCUUCAUCCUGGGAAUCUUGAGCGUGGAACUAAUUUGUUCACUGAUAUGCCUGGUUGUCUACACAGUGAAAGUAAGCAACUUUAACCGGGCAAAACCAAGACCUGAUAUAAUAGAAGAAGAGCAAAUGUGUGCCUACCUUAAUCACACUGCCUCAGAAAUUGGAUUCAGGGAAGCCUCAAGCUUGGAAGAAAUAGUUGAAAAACAAGGAGAUGUGAUUGAGUACCUUAAAAGGCACAAUGCCCUGCUGAGCCAGAAACUGCUGGCAUUAACGUCCCAACAGGGCAGUGGCUAGUGGUGGCCAAAAACAGUGGCUUAAUGACAGUGUAAGAAAUGGUGGACCAACUUAAACAUUGACUCAUCCUCUAAAGGCAGAAUCUUCUGCAAGUUACAGUGGCAGGCUUCCAGUCCUGGUUCUGAGUCACUAUUGGACCUCUUCUGGCUUGGUGCUGAAGCUUCUUGGUUUUUAAAGGACACUUCUAGUCUUUAAGAGUUUUUCCUAAAAUCCCUGCUGUACAGAGAACUGACAUAAGCCAGGGAAAACACCUCAAUCAGUUGUUGGUCCUUUCACUUCUCUAAUUUGAAACUGAUGCAGAUUGCCAAAGAUCUUUGGUAGUGGUUUGGAGUUCAGUUCUUUUUCAAACCCACUAUGAAGUAAAUACCUAAAAAGUAUCAAAAUAUUAAUAUAAUGUGCAUCUAUUUGGUAAUUGGUAAGGCCAUCAUAUAAGUUUCUGUAAAAAAUACUUAAGCAUUAUUAGUUUCUGUACUGCAGCUGCAAUGGGUGACCUCACACAUUUACAGUGGCAAGAUCCUAUAGGCUAGUAUGCUGAUUGUCACCACUGAGUCAGGGAGAUUAUCAUCAGUGUGAUACAGUGGUGAAGACAAGUAGCAUUGUAAAUUCAGGAACUCAUUCAAAUGGGAAUGGAAACAACUCUCAGACAAGUGGAAAAGAAGAAACAGGUAAAUGAGAAUACAGUGGAUAGACUAUAACAGUUGUGUAGAUGAUGUAUCAAGCAUCAGUUACGACUAGUGAUAAUGCAAGGAUGGCAAGAUGAGGCUGACAAUCUGAGAAUUGGGUUCUGGCUUGUGCACAUGUACUGUCACAUGUUGUAAAUGCCAGUAUCCCAUAGUCAGGAAAUAGUUGUAUAUUGCAGGUGUGUUGUUCACUGCCUCCAGCUCUUCCCCUGCCCCCCAAAAGCUGGUUAUCCCUUCUGGUUAUGCAUCUCAGCAUGUGUUGCUCAUUGGAAAUAAGUGAGUAUAAUUAAAGAAAAGUUCGUGGGUGUAAUUUACGAACAUGCAUGUGAACAAGCUACACACACAAGUGUUUGCACCCUAAGUAUUUGUGUUUUCAUUAGAAAAUUUCAUUAAGAAUAUGAGAUAUUGCUUAUAACAAGGAUUGAGAACCUGUGGCCAUCCAUAUGUUGUUGGACUACAACUCUUUAAGCCCCAGCCAGCAUGGCCAACAGGCAGAGGUGAUGGAAGUUGUAGUCCAGUGACAUCUAGAGAACCACGUGUUCCCCACCCCUGGUUCAUAAUGUGAGCAAGCCACUAGUAUGUGUACUAUUUAAAUAGUCCUUAAUUUCUUCUCAAGGAAAACUACAUAUGCAUCUAAUCCUGCAUAUGGGAUAUACACAAACAUAGAAAAAGCAAAACAUAGUUUACAGUAAUUCCCAUAUGCUUGAUUGGGCUGAACUUCAGAAAUGGGUUAAAGUAAACAUUUUUCUGAAUGUUAGUGUAUAGUUCUCCCCAGUCUGAAUGUGCCAGGAUUGUUGCUGCAAGUACUUUGGCUUAUAGAAUAGUAUCCAGUAUGUGCUGUCUUUGAAAAUGUUGGUAUUUCCCCCUAAAGCCAAGCAGCUCACAGAAGUGUUUAUAGAUUCAACUCUCAAUGCCUAAUCUCUAUUUGAUUGAACUCUGUAGAUGCUAAUCAUUGAGAUGCAUUCUCCUUUUAUGUUUCCCAUCCAGCUACAAACAGCUGUCAGUUGUCUGCUAUGCCACUUUGCUGCCAACAAAGGCUGUUUUUUGUGUAUAUCCCAGUAAGUAUUUCUGUAGAAAGACAAACACUUAAACAAACAGGAUUCUCUGAACAUGUGCUGUGAUCUGGUUUAGAAAGAACAAAAUCAUACCAUUCUUUUAUACUUCAUGUGAACUGACUGUUAAUCCACUGCUCGCUGAGAGAUGUAUAUAGUAUUGUUAAAGGGGCAGUAUACAAAACCUGCAACUGGCUGCUUCUGACACUAACAUGUUCUUGCCUUGUUAGCUGUGCCUUAAACACAGCUGGGAUUUUAUUUGAAAGCUGAGGAAGAAAUGUGUAAUACUCCUUUUUUUAAAAAGACACUCAGGUUUGAUGUGAUUUAUAUGUAACUCAUUCUCUGUUUUAUACUAAAUGUGAAAUAAAAGCAACAAACCCUG